CUUCUUCAUUAUCUUUGUCCUUAUCCUUAUCGUCGUCAAACUGGUUGAAAAUAUGUUGCAAUUCUGCAUCGUUUCGUUUUUCCUGACCCUCAUUAGUGCCACGGCUUUCUGGUCUUUUCAAGUCCUUUUCUUUCUUAUCUCGCCUUUACUCUCUUUUUCCUUUCCACAAACCUUGAAGACGGUGGCGUGUCUUCCAACAAAGCGUCCAAUUCAUCUUGAUGGUCUUGUUGUAGAGCUGCUUUUUCAUCCAAUUCGUCCGUUUCAGCCAUGGCACUGCUUUCCGAGUGUAACCCCACUUUCUCGUCAAACUCGUCGACAAGUUCAUCCGGAUCGGGUGGUGAUUUAUCGCUAUUAUUGUCAUUUCUAUUGUCUUUUAUCUUUUUGUUUGCGUCCAUUACAGUCCCCUUUUUCAAAUGAGUUGUGUGUGUGUAUGUGUAUGUCUUUUUUACAAAGAAAGAAAGAGGUUCCAGGUCCCAAAUAGUACUAAACUAUAAGCCCGCCUCGCUUGGAGAGGCGGCAUUUGAACAUGCACAUGAUUCCAAGUGUUCUAAGGAGCAGGAGAAUUCCCUUACAUUCUAGCGAACUUUUUACUAUACGAAUUCAACCGUGACAGCUUUAUAAGCUGAACAAUAAAAUUGUCUAGC